UGUUUUCGAUAGCGGUUAUCUGACCAUCACUAAAUGUAGCCAGUGCCGUUUUCUUGCAGUUUUUUAUUAAAAAGUUAUUAACGCAGAUUUCCCGUAAGAACCGAUUUUCCACAAAAAGGUCACAAACAAGGACCAGUCAAAAUGCGUUGUGUCCUUGGCGUUUUGGCCACCCUUUGCGCCUUGUUUUUAAUCCUCAGCGAUGCUGUUGAUCCUUCAAAUUUCAAGACCUGUGACCAGAGUAGCUUCUGUCGUCGCUCUCGAAAGGUCCAGAGUUCUGGUAGCAAGUACGCCCUUAUUCCAGGCACUUUGAACACAUACGCCGAUUCGCUGACUGCUGAUUUAGUUAACAAGGAGAACCACCACCAGUUCGCCUUCAAGCUGGAGGCUCUUGUAGGCAGCUCGUUCCGACUCCAGAUCGACGAGAAGCAGCCACUUAAGCCCAGAUAUCGCGUGGAGCACGCUCUGAAGGGACAACCCCAGACAGGACGCAUUCGUGUCCAGCGGGAGACUGACGGCGAGAUCGUAAUCACAUCGGAGGGCAACAAGGCCGUCAUCCAUGGUGACCCCUUCCGCGUCGAUUUCUAUGAGAAUGAUGUUUUGGUCGUAUCGGUCAAUGCCAAAAACUGGCUGUAUUUCGAACACUUGCGCCAGAAGUCCCAAGAGCCGCCAGCCGCGCAGGCGGAGCAUGAGAAUCAGCAGGAGCAGGACGCUGCUGUUGAGACCCCCAAGGCGGCCGAUGCCAUCGAUGACCCUGGUGCAUGGGAGGAGAACUUCAAAUCGCAUCACGAUGCCAAACCCUACGGUCCUGAAGCUGUAGCUCUUGAUUUCUCGUUCCCCGCCGCUGAGAUCCUAUUUGGUAUUCCCGAGCAUGCCGAUAGCUUCGUGUUGAAGUCCACUUCUGGUACUGAUCCUUAUCGUCUGUAUAACCUGGAUGUUUUCGAGUACAUUGUGGACAGCAAGAUGGCACUGUAUGGUUCGGUUCCGGUUAUCUACGGCCAUGGACCUCAGCGCACUGCUGGAGUUUACUGGCAAAAUGCUGCCGAAACCUGGGUGGACAUCCAAACGGCUGAAACCAAUGUGGUCUCCUCGCUGGUCAACUUUGUCUCCGGCUCGCGUAAAUCUCCUCCGCCGGCUGCCCACUUUAUGUCCGAGUCGGGCAUCGUGGAUGCCUUUAUUUUGCUGGGACCCAAACCUUUGGACGCCUUCAAGCAGUACGCUGCCCUGACCGGCACCCACGAGCUGCCACAGCUGUUCUCUUUGGCCUAUCACCAGAGCCGCUGGAACUACAACGAUGAGCGCGACGUGACCUCAGUUUCGGCCAAGUUCGACGAGUUCAACAUCCCCAUGGACACCAUGUGGCUGGACAUUGAGUAUACCGACGGCAAGCGCUACUUCACGUGGGACAAAUUCAAGUUCCCCCAGCCGCUAACCAUGAUCAAGAACUUGACGGAGCUGGGACGCCACUUGGUGGUGAUCAUCGACCCCCACAUCAAGCGGGACAAUGGCUAUUUCUUCCACAACGACUGCACCGAACGCGGAUAUUAUGUUAAGACCCGAGAUGGCAACGACUACGAGGGCUGGUGCUGGCCUGGAGCAGCCAGUUAUCCGGAUUUCUUUAACCCGGUAGUGAGGGACUACUAUGCCAGUCAGUACGCCCUGGACAAGUUCCAGACGGUCACGUCGGAUGUGAUGCUGUGGAACGAUAUGAAUGAGCCAUCGGUUUUCAAUGGUCCCGAGAUCACGGCGCCCAAGGAUCUGAUUCACUACGGAAACUGGGAGCAUCGUGACGUCCACAAUCUCUACGGUCACAUGCACUUGAUGGGCUCCUUCGCUGGUCUGCAGCAGCGUGAUCCCAACCAGCGCCCCUUCAUUCUGACCCGAGCCCACUUUGCCGGAUCGCAGCGUUAUGCUGCCAUUUGGACGGGAGACAACCUCGCUGACUGGUCGCACUUGCAGCACUCGAUCAAGAUGUGCCUCACGGAGGCAACGGCCGGCUUUUCGUUCUGCGGCGCUGAUGUGGGCGGCUUCUUUGGCAAUCCGGAUGCGGAACUGCUGGAGCGUUGGUAUCAGACCGGCAUCUUUCUGCCAUUCUUCCGCGCUCAUGCCCACAUUGACACGAAGCGCAGGGAGCCGUGGCUGUUCCCGGAACGCACUCGCCUAGUUAUCCAGAAUGCCGUGCUCAAGAGGUAUUCCUAUCUGCCGCUGUGGUACACGGCCUUCUACGAACUGGAACAGACCGGCGAGCCUGUAAUCCGUCCUCUCCUGGCCCACUACCCUCUGGACAAGGAAGGCUUUGCCAUCGACAACCAGCUGCUGGUCCAGGAUCGUCUGCUGGUCCGCCCCGUGAUGCAGCAGGGCGUCAGCAAGGUGGACGUCUACUUCCCCGCUGUGGAUGACAAGAAGAAUGGUGACUUGUGGUACGAUGUCGACACCUAUCAGCGCCAGGAGAAAUCUGGCUACGUCUCCGUCUCCGUGGAUGAGUAUAAGAUUCCCGUGUGGCAACGAGGCGGCAGCAUUCUGCCCAAGAAGGAGCGUCAGCGUCGUGCCUCCACCUUGAUGAUCAACGAUCCCUACACCCUGAUUAUUUGCCUAGACAGGCAGGGCAAGGCCUCUGGCUCUCUGUAUCUGGACGAUGAGAAGUCCUACGCCUACCGCCAGGGUCAGUUCAUCCACGUGAACUAUGAGUUCGCUAACGGGCAGCUGGUUAACCGAUUCAUUGGCAAGCCAAAGUACAAGAGCGACGCCUGGAUCGAGAGGAUCGUGAUCGCCGGCCUGGAGCGCGUGCCCAGUGGAGCUGGCAUUACGGUGAACGGAGUCACUCAGCAGCUGGAGGUGCUGCCGCAUGAGGGACACGUGGUUGUCCGCAAACCGGGCGUCAAGAUGGACGUCGACUUUGCCCUUAAACUCAACUAUUAAUAGUCUGUAGUGUCUCCGAUGUCCGGUAUUAAUAUGUUUACUGAUAUAUUUGCACAUUUCGAAGUUGCUAUUAAAUGAAGCGAUUAGAAGACGCGGAGCCUUUAGACUCGUAUUUUAUGUAGAACCCUAUGGUAGAACACCCAGCUCCCUACCUUGAUCCUCCUUUCCAUCCUCACUGAUCAAAUUCCAAUGUACGACGAGUGUAACUCGAUUUGAAUUUGAAAUUUGUUUCAAUAAAUAUGUAAUUUUAGUAAUAA